AUGGAGGCUAGUGAGUGGGAUCACGCGACCCUGAGAGAGGAGGAGUUUGAACUACACGCGGUUUACUUGGUACCGGAUGUCUCGACGUCGGCGAACGAGUCGAAUCGGGCGGAGGCAUCACUACCGAGAAAUCUUGUUCUAAAGCAAUCUCAAGCUCUUAAUGAUGUUUUGGGUGUGUGGAGCACGAGUUACAUUCCUAAAGGGACUCGUUUUGGACCUUUGGUCGGACAGCAAUAUACUAAAGAUUCAGUACCUGUCGACGCGAACCGAAAGUACUUUUGGAGGGUCUAUAAAAACAAUGAGUUGUUCUACUACAUCGACGGAUACGAUAUCCAGAAAUCAAAUUGGAUGAGAUACGUUAACCCCGCGUACUCAUCUGAAUCCCAAAAUUUGAUAGCAUGUCAAUACAAAAUGAACAUUUAUUUUUACACAAUUAAACCAAUUUUACCGAACCAAGAGUUGCUAGUGUGGUAUUGUCGCGAGUUUGCGGAAAGAUUAAACUAUCCAUUUACGGGUGAGCUUAUGCUCCAGCGAAUACGCCAACAAGUUCAACAAUCGGCAUUACCAACUAACGAAAUACCUACUUCAUCAGAUGCGUCUAUCUCAUUAAGUGAAAGAAUAACAAUGAAAGACUCAGUAGUAUACGAGCGCCGUUGCCAAAUGACUCCCACAGAAGGCUCAGUGAGAUCAGACGAGGGUUACCACUCAAACGGGUACCACGACGAGAUUCUCACACCCCCUCACGAGGAGAGCAGCGAGUCCGACUCGGAAAACAACUACGUUUUAGACUUCAGCAAAACAACCAGAACUUGUUCAUCAGCGCCGUCGCCGUCAUCGCCUCCCCCCGCGUCCACCGGCAGCAGUGUCAUCAAGCAAGACACCGUGGUGGUCAAAAACGAGUACCGAAAAGUGAAGAUAAAAAUCAGCAAGACCUACAACAACUUCCAGUCUAAAACUCAAGAUAUCAAAGACAAGGAAGAAAUCCGGGCUGUAACUCCGGAAAUUCCCCAAAAGUCCGUGUCUCCUAUCCAAAAAGUGACCAUGAUUUCCACCUCAGACAAGGUUGAAAAGAAGCCCAAGGCUUUCUAUGAAUUAGAAGUGAACUCAAAGGGCAACCAUCAGUCGCCUCCAAUGUCAACCACCGGCCGGACAUCCUGCAUGACCAGCCCCAGCAGCUCUAUUUUGGAGAACAUUCUUCUGAGGAGCAAUAAUUGUUCUGAUAAUAACAACAACAACAACACCACAAACAUCCACCAGCUUCAUAGCAAUCAUAAUAAUCAUCUCCAAGCUCACAAUCAAAUCCACAUAGACUCAGUAACUCCUCCACCAUCCAGCCCGACGGAGAUGGCGUACUCGUACAAAAAGUCUCACAGGUACGGGAAUAUUCUUCCCUGCAGUCCAGACUCGAGUUCCAACUUGCCAGUCCCUGUAGAGUGCACCAGCUCGUUGGUGAACUCUACUUGCAAUGUUCCAAUGCUCCAGAGUCCAGUGAACCCUCAUUCCAGCACGGGGAGUCUCCUUCACCCCUGCAACUCCAGCAGCAACGGCUCAAAUAGCACCAAUGGCCACUCACUCGCUGGGAACAUUCAUUCCACGGUUCUUACUUCAACCACGAGCAACCUCCACCCUGCGACCAACAGUUGCCAGAAUAAAUUAAGAAGAAGAAGAAGAAGCCCGUCGCCUACUACGACAAGCGCUUCAACGACUAGGUGCUCUUCGCCGGCACUAGGUCCAUCCACGAUCAUGUACUCCAGCUCAAACUCCCACGUGGAGUCUAAUUAUUCUGUAGGAACUGCUAUUAAUAAUCCAAGUGUCUCGCCGAUCCAGUCCCCCUCGUAUCCUUAUGGGUUGUAUCAUCAAACUGGUAGCUCUCAUCAGCAUAUAGCUCCGCUCUCGAUAAACUGCUCGGCUUACUCGCCCACCCCCUCGAGCAAUGUUGUCUAUGAGAGGAGUGAUAGGAGACACGAGCCCGCUGGCCAUCAGCUGCCCACUUCCUCCACGAUGCAGAUUGACAAUCAGGCUAAUUUGUUUGCUGGGACUCACAAUCUUCACCUGGGACACCAUCCCGGGUUGACGAUCCAUGCAAAUUCUGCGCUCAAUAGAUACUCACCGGCGAGCUCGCUGUCUCCCGAUGAUCAUGCUUGCUCACAGAGCGGUUCGCUCAGUCCUAAUUCUCAAGGCUCUAGAGGAUAUCGGUCUCUCCCCUAUCCGCUUAAGAAAAAAGAUGGAAAGAUGCACUAUGAGUGCAAUGUUUGCUGCAAGACUUUUGGACAGUUGUCUAAUCUUAAGGUUCACCUCAGGACUCACUCAGGCGAAAGACCUUUCAAGUGCAAUGUUUGUACUAAAAGCUUCACGCAGCUGGCGCAUCUUCAGAAGCAUCAUUUGGUUCAUACAGGUGAAAAACCGCACCAAUGUGAAAUCUGUCAGAAGAGGUUUAGCUCAACUUCGAAUCUCAAGACCCACCUAAGACUGCACUCAGGGCAAAAGCCGUACGCUUGUGACCUCUGUCCAGCAAAAUUCACCCAGUUUGUCCACCUCAAGUUGCACAAACGAUUGCACACCAAUGAGCGACCUUACACGUGUCAAGGUUGCGACAAAAAGUAUAUAAGCGCUAGUGGUCUUAGAACCCACUGGAAAACCACCAGCUGCAGGCCAAAUAAUAUAGAGGACGAGCUAGCUCUAGCUGCUGCUGUUGGUUCCCCUAAUUAUUACGAAUACGGACCUGAUGUUGGCAAUAUGCAAAAAGACUGCGAGUUAGAGCACAUAGAAAACUAUGAAAGGCGUAAUAGUGCACAUUCAACGUCGUUACACAAUUUGGACAAUUCAGUGGGUCGACCGAGUGUUAUAGAAACCUCUCAGCCACAUAUUAUUGAAUGUACUUAA